AUGAGGCAAGAGAAGUGGUUAUCCCCAGGCAGGUCUGCAGAAAGUGAGGAGGGAGGGUAUGAGGUGGACGUGGAGAACGGAGACAAUGAAAGCCACGGAGAAGCAAGUCCCUCUCCAACACCAUCCAGUGAAUGGGAAAAGACCCCACUGAUCUUCACGGUCAGACAAGAAAUGAAUAUGGGAGCCAGAGGAGCACCCAGGCAGGCCUGGGGCAGUUCAUUUCUGGAACAGUGAAUGACAAAAACGCCUAUUCAGGUCCACUCAGUAAAUCCUAUGCACCUGGAGGCCACAGGAACACAUAUCAACAGGCACAUGAGAUUUCAGAACCAGCCCCCUUGUCUUACUCUGAGGCCGUACACUGCCGUCGGCCUCAACGGGAGAAGCCAGACCCCCUUUGCCUCGUCCAGGGUCUCCUGGCGUUUGUCAGAGCUUGAGCUGGAAGAGAGGGUGACACCCACAGUAGGCGCACCGGCAAACCCAGAUUCCCAAAGCUGGCUCCUGGGCGCGCCCGGGAAUUCAGUGGGCAGGGGCCCAGUUGCCAUGGCACCAGAGAUGCCCCCGAGGCAUCUUCAUCCCCCCGGGAAAAGGGGGCCCGGGACAGGGGCCUCUCUGCCCGGCAGUCUGGCAGGAGCGCCCCUUCCUGGGCUUAGAGGUGCUCCCACCCAUCUCCCCUCCAAGAGGUUAAUCAAGGUUUGCUCCUCUCCGCCCUCCCGCCUACCCCCGCGUUUCCAUACGGUGUGUUCACAGGCCCCUCCUAGGCCGGGGGUGAAUGCUCGCUUACACUGACCACUGCGAGGGAACUGUUCCGUGAGCGCUGCCCGUCUUCAAAUCAGUGCCUGCCCUGAACAACAGAAAGGGCCUCAGAUGUACUGGUUUCCACAGAACCAUUGUUAGGCUUCACAGAAGCAGUUUUGAACCUAAUA